CUGCUCGCUUGGACUGGAUCCGCCCUCACCCCCCCUAAACCGCGAAAUGAACCAAUAUUACUAGCUUCGGGCAGCUGACACAACCUUCGACGGAGUUGGACGGAUAGCCCCUUGCUCCACCUUGACAAUACAGACAGGCAUUCCCUUGGGUCUUUAGUACAUAACCGCAGUGUCGGUGCUCUGUAGCUUGUUCGAGUUCAGCUCUUGAAAUCUCCAAGACCGGGAACAUUUUUCCAACAAUAGCCUUGUCCGUCAUUUUACUUCUUCACGAUCACGGCCCCUCGGAAGGAAAAAAAAAUAAAAAUAAAAAACCCAGUCGUCUGUAGCCCCGCGCCCGUGUUGCGCCUCGAACCCGUCCUCCCCCGUUUCCUUCUUCCCUCUAAUACACCGCAACCUAUCGGGUUGCAAUAGCGCACACAAUGGCCGCAGAGAAGCCGUCGGUACUCAUCAUCGGCGGGCUUGGUUAUAUCGGACGGUUCUUAGCCCGGUAUAUACACGAGAACGAUCUCGCAUCCGAAAUUCGCUUAGUAGAUAAGGUAUUACCGCAGCUCGCCUGGCUUGCGCCUGAGUUCGAGACUGCAUGCUCCUCAGACAAAUUCAUACAAGCAGACGCAAGUAAAGAACAGGCUUUGGCACGGAUAUUUGACCGGCCCGAUGGCAAACAGUGGGAUUAUGUUUUCAACUGCGGCGGCGAGACGAGAUAUUCCCAGGAAGAUGAAGUAUACAAAGUACGGUCUCUAGGUCUGUCGUUAGCAGUUGGUAAAGAGGCGGCGAAGAGAGGGGUGAAGUGCUUCAUAGAGUUGAGCACGGGUAUGGUAUACAAGUCGAAUUCGGCGCCGAGCAAAGAGACGGACAAGCUCAAGCCUUGGAGCAAGAUUGCCGUGUUCAAACUUCAGGCGGAGGAGGAACUCGCCAAGAUUGAAGGCUUAAAUCUCGUCAUCGUACGCUUACCCCAUGUUUACGGCCCGUAUGCAUCUCAAUGGGUGGCGACGGCAUUGUGCAUGGCGCGCGUCUACCAAGCGAUGGGUGAGGACAUGAAAUUCCUAUGGACCAAGGACCUGUACACAAACACAGCACAUAUUGACGAUGUUACACGGGCUCUAUGGUCGGUUGCCGCCUGGUACGACGCUGGCAAGGCCAAUUGGGAUGAGAAGAGCAUGGGCCGGACGCCGACAUUCAAUGUGGUAGAUAAAGGAACGACAAAUCAGGGUACGAUCGCCGAAAUUAUUGGCCAAGUAUUCGGUAUCGAGACUGGAUUCCAAGGCCAGCUUCUCAGCAACCUCGCCCGUCUCAACAUGGAUAGCGUUGUGGAUGAUGUCAACGACGAUGUUCUAGGACCCUGGGCAGACCUUCUCGCCGAUGCUGGGAUAACGAGACCGGGCCCGCUGACUCCCUUUAUGGAAAAGGAGCUGCUGAAGGAUACGGACCUCAGCAUGGACGGCAGCCGGCUGGAGGCGGUAGUUGGAUUCCAGUACCAAAAACCGGUUAUCACGAAGGAACUAGUGGAGGAAGUGAUCGAGAGCUACAAGAGGAUGAAGUGGUGGCCGUGAUUUGAGCAACCCUAACAGGAGAAGCUCGAGAAAUAUAA